AUGGCUCCCGCUAACCUGCCCUCGAUCUUCAAUGCCACUUCCCAGGACAUUGAGAUGCUGCUCGCAGCUCAAGCCCACCUGGGAAGCAAGAACCUUCAGGUUCACAUGGAGCCCUACCUGUGGAAGACCCGUGCCGACGGUGUCAACGUGAUCAACGUUGGCAAGACCUGGGAGAAGAUUGUCCUGGCCGCCCGCAUCAUCGCCGCCGUCGACAACCCUGCCGACAUUUGCGUCAUCUCUGCCCGUCCCUACGGCCAGCGCGCUGUCCUCAAGUUCGCCGCCCACACCGGCGCCGUCGCCAUCGCCGGUCGCUUCACCCCCGGUUCCUUCACCAACUACAUCACCCGCUCGUUCAAGGAGCCCCGCCUGAUUAUCGUCACCGACCCCCGUACCGAUGCCCAGGCCAUCAAGGAGGCUUCCUACGUCAACAUCCCCGUCAUCGCCCUUUGCGACACCGACUCUCCCACCGAGUACGUCGACGUUGCCAUCCCCACCAACAACAAGGGUCGUCACUCCAUCGGUCUCGUCUGGUGGAUGCUCGCCCGUGAGGUCCUCCGCCUCCGCGGCACCAUCUACAACCGCGAGACCCCCUGGGACACCAUGGUCGACCUGUACUUCUACCGCGACCCCGAGGCCGAGGCCGAGGAGAAGGUCGAGGAGGAGAAGCUCCCUGGCGUCGAGGAGGAGGGUGUUGCCGCCAUCGAGUCCGGCUUCCCCGCCACCGGUGACUGGGACGCCCAGGCUCCCGGCUUCACUGGUGCCCAGACCGGCACCAACUGGGACGGUGCUGGUGACGAGUGGGCCGCCGCUGGCGCCGCUCCCACUGGUGACUGGGCCGCUGCUGGCGAGGCUGCCGCUGCUGCCCCCAAGGAGUCUACGUGGUAG